UGCCCUCACCUCCUCAACUCCACUCCAACCAUCGCUCCUGCACACCGGACCAGACAGCAAAAGGAAAAGUGCAACACUUCCUUCCAGCACCAACGGUCCAACCAUCGGCUCUUAUCCCCUCGAUUCCUCCUCUCUCUCUCUCUCUCUCUCUCUCUCUCUCCGUCUCCACCCCUCCUGUCGAGCUCUUUUGCCAUCGUGCACUCGAUCAGUCCUUGGCAGCAGUAUCGUGCGUCGACCAGUUCUUUGCUUUCAAGCUAGGCAGGCCCAAGGAAGAAUCCGAGCCAGGGAGGGUUGUGGCAAUGGCACUGCAGAUGCAGGCCCCGUCGCUGAUGCGCGCGCCGGCGGGCGGCGGCCCCGCGCGUCUCCGGUCGGCGUUCUACGCGCCGCCGCUGCUGGUGCGGCUGCCGGCGCCGGGCAGGGCGAGGUCCGUGGCGGCGGCGCGGAUCACGAUGCGGUUCAGCCGCGUUCAGACGAAGCAGGCAUACAUCUGCCGGGACUGCGGGUACAUAUACAAGGACAAGACUCCGUUUGAGAAGCUGUCCGAUGACUACUACUGCCCUGUCUGUGCCGCUCCCAAGAGAAGAUUCAGGCCCUACGAACCACCGGUGGCCAAGAACGCCAACGCCACUGAUGCUCGGAAGGCGAGGAAGGAGCAGCUCAAAAAGGACGAGACCGUGGGGAAAGCUUUGCCUAUUGGUAUCGCGGUCGGGAUUGUUGCAUUGGCCGCCCUGUUCUUGUAUCUGAACAGUGUCUACUAGACCAAGAAAAAAAUACAAAAAAAAGGUAUAAAAGAGAAUGCUUCAUGUGAUGGAAGGAACUAAGUCUGUUUCACGGUUCUUUUUUUUUUUGCAUCUAUACGUGGGUGGUCAUAUAGAGCAAGUUUGGUUUGUCCAAAACUAGACAUAUUAAGAUCUUGGAUGGCAUAUUAUAAUACUUUGUCUCUUGUUUAGUUGUUCAUUGUGAAAA